GAGCACGAUAAAAUUUUAGAGAGGCAGGGGCUGUAACAAUUCAAGAACAUUGGCCACCGAUUAUUUUCUCCGUCCCUUUCUUUUACCGAUUCAGGGUUUGUUCUGGGCCGGCGACCCUCUUAUUUGAAAAGAAAGCGGCGGUAACAAUUGAGAGGAGAUCGAUCGAUGGAGGUACAAGGAGACGCCGUAGAUCCAAUGGCUACAGAGGGACAUGCCACCACCCCCUCCACAGCUCAAGAAGAAGAUCUGGUUAUUCGUCGGAAGCCCCGUAGACGUUUUCCGAUUCUUAGUCUUCGUGGGCUUGAAUCGUCGGUAGACAAGAAGUACCUGAUGCAGAUCUUGGAUGAAAAAGUUCCUGAACAGGUGAUUGCGCUCCAGGUGGUGGGAGGAGAAGAUGAUAAGCGCUUCGCCUUUAUCCAAUUUUAUGACCUGGAGUCUGCUCAACUUGUUUUGGAAAAUGGUCAUUGGAUGCCCCCCCAUGAUGCUUUGGCUUUGAUCAGACCUUGUCCGGACGAAGAAGGUCGCCACCGUGACAAGCGUCCCAAGAAUCACCACCCUCUCCUCCUCCCAGAUGCUCAUUUUUCAGACAUCCUUCAUUUUAACAUAUGGGACUGGGAGAGCAUUGUGACUGUGGAGCGCAUAACCGUGAAGCAUAUCAAACACGGUGGCACUUGUGCUAAAAUCUACAGAAAUGUGAUUGCUUUUGACGAUCAUAACCAGCAGGUGUUAUUUCGCCGCAAACCAUGCGAAAGCGAUGCAAAAACAAGCGGAGAUGAUUUAAACCUCAAAGGUCCUCAUUUUUCUGCUCUUGAUGCAAUUUAUUGGGGCAGCAUUGGGAUCAACCUCCUUGAGGACCGUGGUGAUGGCCAAGAGAGAGUUUUUGCCAGAGGCCUUAUCAACGUUGAGGAAGAUGGUUAUUUCGAAGUGGACGUGGAAGGUGAUGGCGGAGUUGUGAGUGUUGUUUAUGCCUCAGUGCAGGAUGCCGUUUGGGCUCAGGUUUGUGUUGGCGGGCUUCAGAACAUGCGCGUGUGUGGAUGCAUCAAAGCCCGGAGGGAAAUCGCGGGGGUACAGAGUGAAUUCUUAAUGUUUACCAAAUCUUCGGACAACCGCGUCGAUGUGGGCCCCGAUGGUAUUUUUCGUCUAGAUCGUUCGGUUGUGGUUGCAUCCAAAAGGGCUGGGUUAACCAUCUCCGUCUCUUUGAAUUUGUGCCAUGGCGACGAUGACAGGAAAUGGUGUGUGGUGCAAAAAGAUCUAGUCUUUGAUGCAGUGUUCAAGAAGGAAGCCCAGAGCAUUCACGGUGUAUUUGGUGGCAAAGUCAUCACCGUGUCCCUCGCUUACAAUGAUGUACCCGGCCUUCAUUGUGAUGCUUUUGACCCGUAUGAUAACGAGGAUGAGUGGGGUGUGGGUGGUCGACUGUAUGACGACACAAUGGAGGUUAUCCAGAGACAAAUGAUGGGCAUUCAAUGAACAAAUGGCUGCUGCGCUCUGCAAACACAGACACACUUCCCAAGAAUUGCCAGUAAAAAUCCUCUUCACGUGAUGAAGACUUCCAAUGGAGCAGGAAAUGCCAGUAAAAAUCCAACAGCAUCUGCUUCAAUAAGUACUUAACAUUAUCUGCCCCAAAGUGGAAGAAGAGAAAUUCAAUGCCAACAAGGAGAAAGCAAAUUGAAGGAGAAAGCAGCAGCAGCCACAGGGACGGAGCUGAGGAGGAAACUGAGUAAAACUAUUGCCCAAUGUCAAAAUUUCGAUCCAUACUGAGUAAAACAGCUGAGGAGGAUAUCCUCCCCAACCACCGCGAAUAUUUUGAUGAGAUGGUGGCUGGGGAACUCCUAUAAAAGAGGAAUGAACUAAGAGGAAAUAUAUCUUGUAAUAGAGAGAGAAAAUACUUGAGUAAUAAUAAGAGAUAUUCCGGCGAUCCUUGAGUACAUUCCGAUCCCUAAGUGGACCGAAUAGAGGAAAGGAUCACCGAUUUGAGUCCCUAUUAUGUGAGCAAUACUUUUCAUUAU